UCUGCCUGGAAGAAAUGGAGCAUAGGCGCCGUUAGGACGGGUUGAUGGGGCUGCGCCAGUGUUGCCGCGCCCGGUUGUGGCUGUUGGGCAGCGGGGGACUCGUCUCGCUUCUGCUGUUGGCGGCUCUGUAUGGAUCUGGGCCUGGGUUACAGCCUUUGGUGUUCUUCUCUCCCUGGAGGAUUCAGAAUCCGCUCUACAAGCUUGAUCUAAGCUGGCCUAAAUUUCCAGAGCUAUUCACAGGUCAGACGUUUUGUGUUGCUGUGGACCACAUCCAUGGAUUGAUUUACGUGGGACAGAGAGGCGAUCAUGUGCCAAAGGUCCUAGUGUUUUCUGAGGAAGGCUAUUUCUUACAAGCAUGGAAUACUACUACCCUCGAAAUGCCCCAUGGUAUCUUUGCACUGAACACAGCCAAUGAAAGUUCAGUGUGGAUCACAGAUGUCGGAACGGGCAAUUACGGCCACACAAUUAAACAGUACAGUCCUUCAUGCAAACUUCUUCAAGUCAUAGGUACCCCAGGAAUAGCAGGUUCUGGUACAAACCCCAUACAGUUGGAUCAGCCAGCAGAGAUUUUUGUGGAUGACACCGGAGAUAUCUACAUUGUGGAUGGUGAUGGAGGGAUGAAUAAUCGCCUAUUCAAAUUGACACAAGAUCUGAAGACUUUGUGGCUACGUGGAGAAAAUGGUUCUGGCACGGCCCAGUUCAGGAUCCCACACAGUGUAACAGUGGAUUCUUUGGGACGGGUAUGGGUUGCUGAUAGAGGCAAUCAGAGAAUCCAGGUAUUUGACAAAACCACAGGAGAAUGGUUGGGAUCUUGGAGCAACUGUUUUGUAGAAGACGGCCCUUAUUCCGUCAGGUUAACUGCUGAUGAAAAGUAUAUGAUCACAGCUCAACUGAACAUCAACAGAGUAUUAAUCCUGGCUGCCCCACCCAUAGGCUCUAUUGGAGAUUGUGUUGUCGUGGACACAAUUCAGCUCGCCGCCAAAGUCAGGCCCCAUCUUCUCGAUAUCAGCCUGAAAAGUGGAGCGGUUUACGUGGCAGAAAUUGGAGCUCAGCAAGUCCAGAAAUACGUGCCUGUAGAGUGACGCUUUCUUCCAUGCUGCGCAGUGUCUGGACCCUCCCGCUUCUAUGGGAUUGCAGUGCUGGGUGGUGGGGAGUCAGUGGAUUGCAGGGGGAGAAUACUUGAAUUGCACAUUUCCUGUGCCUAUUUCAGAGACUGAUUCAUUGGAAAUCUUUUUUUAAUGAGCAAGGGUUUUUUUUUUACAGAAUGUUUCAAAGGGGUAUAUGGCUACUUUAAAACCAAGACUCCUAAUGGCUCCAAAAAUAAUUCUCACUGAGUGCAGCUCCAAGAGUUGGUCGGCAUUUGGAAAAAGUUACGUCUCGAUGGGUCAUUGGCUGCUCUGUGUGCCCAGUACGGUGGCGCUACUUGAUUUAGUAUUCAAGUGGGAGAAAGUACAGAAACUGUCCUGGUCUGUGCGUUAAGGCAGUAGAAAUGAUCGUGCAGCUCGUUUACACUCGGGACAGUUUAGACUUUCUGAUGUUUUGAGGAACAACCAAGGAAUUCACGUUUGUCCGCUACCAAGCCAGAUUUGCACAGGGCAGCCAUUAUGAAUUUGUAAGACUGCCAUGUGUCUGUUGUAUAGUUGGGUGGGUUUUAACCAUAUGCUUUUUAUUAUGAUGGUGCUGGUCAAGCUUGUUUCAUCAGGCGAGCAGUUUGAGGGCUGUUUUGCAGUUUAUAUCUGGCAUAAAUGUAAGGCUUUCAAGUGUGCCCCUGAAAACGUGUCUAUGAUAAGACACCAUGACAAGGUGCAGAGAAAGAGCCAGACGCACAGACACAGGACUGACUGCAGGUCCCAGUUUGAGUGUGCAGGGUAACAAUCCUGCAUUUGCUGUUUAAUGUGAUAUUUUAAAUGGCUCUAAAAGCAUUAUCUAGCCACUCAUAUAAGGAAGGCACCAAGCUGUUUCUCCCUCGUUCCUCUCUAUCGCUUUCAGCCUGGGAAAGGUCAUUCCUGGGGUUGCGGGGGGAGGUCUGUGUGGAAGAACAGCCAAGCAAGUCAGUGGGCUGGAGGGAAGGGGGACAAAGGGAUGAGAUUGAUGGCUGUCUUCAAUGGAGCUGCACUCACAGAAGGAGCGAUUCCAUCUCCCCUUGUCUUUUCUCAUUCCAGCCCCCAUUCCAGCAUGCUCAGCCCUCUCAUCCUAUACAGCUGUUUCAGUGAGAGGGCUGCAGAGAGAGAGAAGAGCACAGGAAAGCUCCCUGCUCCGUGCACUUCAUGGUUGGAUAUACACAAAAGGCACAAGCUGCUGGUUUUGCUGGGCUGCUUUGGGCAGCAGGGGGCUGGACCACUGCUGGGUCGCCUGGGAGACUUCAUUUCCCUGAAAUAAACAGUUCUUCUUGCU